UAGAGGUUCAUAUUAGACGUUUGAAAGCUUCGGUUUUUGUGCGUCACAGGCCUAUUUUGACUUUAGGCAUCUUAGGGUGCCUUUAGAAUCGCCCCUCGUUCUCCUCCUUCCUCUGUCUCAAUUCUCAAUCUAAUCAUACAUCUUCAUAUUCUUUACAAAACCCUCCUUCGCAAAGCAAAAUCCCUUGAGAUAUGAAAGUUUUCUAAAUAUUAAGGACCUGAGACAAGCUCUGUUAGACAUCUUCCGAUUCUGCCCUCGUAUCUAUCGUGAAGACAUGAACGCUGAAAAAUCAGCCACUUAUGAAUUGAUUUCCCUCCAAAUCGGAAAGAAAUUAGCAAUCUCCAUCUCAAAACUCGCAUAAAAUCAUCCAUGUACGGCAGCAUAUCCUUCUCUCUGCAGCAUAGGGCUUCAUUUUGAGCAUUCUUAGUACCCGUAAUCCCGUUUGAAGGUUUUCUUUCAAGUUACACUCAUCAAGGAACGUCAUUUGAAGAUCCACCAACAGAAGUUUGUAGAUCAAAGGUGGUGAAAGCACACACAAAGCAUAUGCUGACAACUCAAAUGUCAUUUCCAGUUUCAUCAGCUAAACAAAAUCAGAUAGGUGUGUUUGGAAUCCAAGAUUUCUCCUUUAUUAAAACCCCUUCCAUUAGACAAAAGGAAAUUUGGCAUGUUGUCAAGUGCUCCAAGAAUCAAAGUUCUCGACAGCUCAUCAAGUUAAAUGAUGUGGAUAGAAAAGUUGCCAAAAAGCCAAGUAAGACAGAACACCACUUAUGGAAUAAGAGAGAUUCUGCUGCAUCUGGCCAAAAGGCAUUGAAUCUUGUUCGCAUUGUUUGUGGUUUGCCAAAUGAGAAAGAAGCUGUUUAUGGAGAACUCGAUAAAUGGACAGCUUGGGAGUCAGAAUUCCCAGUGAUUGCAGUUGCCAAAGCUCUUAAUAUCCUUAAACAACGCAAACAAUGGAAACGUGUCAUUCAAGUGGCGAAAUGGAUGUUUGGGAAAGGUCAAGGAAUGACAAUGGGAACAUUUGACACCCUUCUACACGCAUUUGAUAUGGAGAAAAGGGUAGAUGAAGCAGAGUCAUUUUGGAACAUGAUUUUGCAUACACAUGAAAGAUCAAUCUCAAAAAGGUUGUUUUCAAGAAUCAUAUCCAUUUAUGCUCAUCAUAACAUGCCCCAAAAUAUUAUAGAGGUGUUUGCAGACAUGGAGGAACUUGGAGUAAAACCAGAUGAGGACACCACAAGGAAAGUUGCGCGGGCUUUUCAAAUAGUGGGUGAAAAGGAAAAACAACAAUUAGUUCUUAAAAAAUACUUAAGUCAAUGGAAAUACAUUCAUUUUAAAGGUGAACGAGUUAGGGUUAGAAGAUACACAUCAGAUGAAUAGAAUCUAUAACAACUCAUUGUGUAGCACCAAUACAGACAUAACAGCUUGUACUGUGUUUGUCUGACAUGUGACAUGGGACUCUGACUAAUGUCAGUUGGACAAAAGUUACAUUUUUUUGUCCUACUCAGAAAAGGUGGGACAUGGUCUUGUUGUUAGAUCUCUCAUAUGUGGAAAAGAUAAAAAUGCCCUCGUUAUAACUCAUCCCACUUGUAUAUAAUUGGAAAUAACCCUUGGAUCCAUUGUAUUGUAUGUUAUCCAUGUUUACAAUAAUAGUUUGUACCUUGUAACAAAAA